ACAAAAUGAACAGUAAUUGAAGAGCCUCGUUGCGGAACGGACGUGGCACCAAAAAAUCACCACAAAAAACUGAACUCAACUGAACAAUAAAGGAACUGACUUACCUGAGACUGCAAAAACUACAAUGACAGACUCAGCAUUGAUGGAACUCGCAGUGCUCGGACUGCUGCUGGCCGUGAUUGUGAUAAUCAUUUCGCUGAUCUGCCAUCGACGCAACGAGCGUUUGUUUGGCCGCACACCGCCAGGACCUUGGGGAUUGCCGCUGCUCGGCUAUUUGCCAUUUCUUGACCGGAAGGCGCCACACAAAUCGCUGCAGACGCUGGCCAAACGCUUUGGCGGCAUCUAUCAGCUGAGCAUGGGCAGCGUUCGCACCGUGGUGCUCUCGGAUGCGGCGAUGGUGCGUGAGUUUCUGCGAUACGAGCAGCUGACGGCACGUGCCCCGCUCUAUGUGACGCAUGGCAUCAUGAAAGGCUACGGCAUUGUUGGAGCCGCAGGCGCCAUCUGGAAGUAUCAGAGACGACAGCUCAUCGAGUGGCUCAAGGCGCUGGGCAUGACGCGCAAACAGUGCGAGACGCGUGCUCAGCUGGAGCAGCGCAUUGCUCGUGGCGUCAACGAGUGCGUCCAGUCAUACGAAACAGAAGCCCAGGAAGCGGGUGGAGUGUUGGAUCCGUUGCCAUCGCUGCAGCAUUCGCUGGGCAAUGUGAUCAACGAUUUGGUCUUUGGCGAAACCUAUCGCCGCAACGAUCCCAACUGGCUCUAUCUGCAGCAGCUGCAGGAGGAGGGCGUCAAGCUGAUUGGCGUCUCGGCCGUGGUGAAUUUCCUGCCCUGGCUGCGCCACCUGGCGGCGAACAAGCGCAGCAUACGUUUUCUGCUCGAUGGGAAGGCGAAGACACACGCGAUCUAUGAUCGCAUCAUACAUCGCUGCGAAAAGCAGCUGGAAGUCGAUCUGCAGCAGCGACAGCAAAAACAAUUGCCACCCAAGGAACCACACAGCAUCCUCGAGCAUUUCCUCAACGAACGUCAGCCGUACUCGGAGCUCUACUGCGACGAUCAGUUGCGUCAUCUGCUCGCCGAUCUCUUUGGCGCCGGCGUUGACACCGCACUGGCCACGCUCCGUUGGUUCCUGCUCUACUUGGCACGCGAGCCGCGUUGCCAGCAGCGUCUCCAGGCGGAGCUCCAGCAGCUGAGCGAGACGCCGUCGCUUGCGGAGCUCGAGACGAGCGUCUAUCUUCGUGCCUGUCUCUCGGAGGUGCAGCGCAUCCGUUCGGUUGUCCCGCUGGGCAUUCCGCAUGGCGUCGAGCGGGACGUGACCAUCGGUGACUAUUGCCUGCGAAGCGGCAGCAUGGUGCUCAUCCUGCAGUGGGCCAUACACAUGAAUCCCGAUGUCUGGCCCCAGCCUGAACAGUUUCGCCCAGAGCGCUUCCUCAAUGCCGAUGGCGAUUAUGCGGCGCCAGCUCAGUUCAUUCCCUUCCAGACGGGCAAACGCAUGUGUCCCGGCGAUGAGUUGGCUCGCAUGAUGCUCACUCUGUUCGCUGGUCGCAUUCUACGUCGCUUCCACAUCCAGUUGCCCAGCGAUCAGCCAGCGAUUGAUCUGGAUGGCGAGUGCGGCAUCACUUUGACUCCGGCUCACUACAAACUCCGCUUCAGCAAGCUGAAACCGCGGGAGGGGAAAGCGAAGGUGGAGAAGGAGAAGGAGGAGCAGGAGGAGAAGGAGAAGGAUGAGAGGCAAGUGUUAGAGGAGGCAGCGAAGGUGAAGGAUGAGUAAGGAGGCGUCUAGAAAGAGCCGACAGCGAUUGAGAGAAGACCAAAAUAAUUUCAGUUGGAGAAAGUGAGAAUGAAGUGAAACAUAUAGAAGAGAAUAAAGAUAAAGACGAGUGUUUAAAAAAAUGCCAGAAAGAAUUUGAUACAAAAAAAUAAAAUAUAUAACGCAAGAGGGAAUCGAUCGAAGAUCAGAAGAAUUUGAUGCUAAAGAGGGAAAAUUGGGAUAAGGGCAACCAAAUUUGAAGUAGAAGACGAUAAAGAAUAAUUGGGAGCAAAGAAUUUAACUUGAAAUAUGUCGAAAAGAAAGGAAAGCGAUUGAAAGAAUGCAAGAUGUAGUUGAGUUAGAAGAAGUCAAAGAACAAAUUAAGCGAUUGGGAGAAUACCAACAGGAAAAAAACGAAACAGAAAAGUCUUCUGCAAAAAGCGAUGUCAUAUAAACAAAAGUGGAAAGGAACCAAUUUUAAAAGUGAAAAAUUGCUGAAAAAAUAUACCAGAAGGUGAGAGGAAUAUGAGUCAGGAGAAUACGACAAAUACUGUAAAAAUAAUAAAAAAAAUGAAAAGAAGAAAAAUAAUAUUUCAAUUUCGAAAGAAAAGGUUAAACAGUAAGGAAGCAGAAAUAAGUACACCAGAAAAUAAUGUAAGGAAAAAGAUGCAAAAAGAGAGAACAAGGAGUUGAAGGUAAAUUGUGAGAUAGAUCUAACUCUGAAACUUAAAUGAGACUUGAUAUGAAGUUGAAGAAUUAUGUGGCCGA